GUCUCGAAAAACCAAAUAAAUAGUGUCUUUAAUGAUACAGCCUUAUUCCAAUGACCAUUUGUCUGACAUUUAAAUCUUGUUUAAAUGGGGCAAAAAAUGAAACAUCACAUAAGCACAAAGAUAUGAAACUUUGACCAAGUGUAUCACCUGGUGAAAAAGACCCACCACCAAAUUAAUAAUUAAGGAUGACGAUGAAAAAAACCGUAGGCGCAAAAAUGACCCCGAGAUUUUGGGUGUAGGGCUCACGAAUGCAGGAAGAACCAUCGGAGGAACACUGGAAGCGGUGGGUUGAAUGUAGGCUCACUCGGCACGCUCCAGCUCUCUGGUUCACUCUGGAGGGUCCACUGCCGGAUCCCCGCCCCAGUCAAGCGAACCUCCCGGAAGUUCUACGGCUAAUUUACUUCCUGUUCCGCGCACUCUUCCGGUCGCCAUGGCGACAGGGCGCCUUGGCGUUGGGGAGACACUGGAGGCCCUUAACGCAGCUGUGGGGCCUGGUAGCCCGGUGUGGUUCAAAGAAACGCACGCCCGGCACCUGCGUGUCCGCGACUUCUUGGCGCCGCGAAGCGCGCUACAGGCGCGCUUCAGGGAUGGGCAGGUGCCAGAAUGCGUGUUCCAUGCGGUCGCCGGCCUGCAUGGUCCAGGGGUGGCCCCUGUAUUGCGCUGCGCGUCAACACCCGCGGGUUUAUCGCUCCAGCUACAGCGGCCCGCGGUCUUCGAGCGUGUGCUCGGUGCCCUGGCCUCCUAUGCUACUCCCGCCAAGCCUGCCUCGCCCGGCCCGCGGGUUAUUCUGCAUUGCCCCGCAUUGCGCUGCAACCCGGACACACUCCGUCUGAGCCAGCUGCGUGCUGUGCUCGUGGCCGAUCACCUAGCGCGGACGCUACGCGCUCAUGGGGUAUGUGUGUGUCCAGUGCCCUCGGUGCGGGAUUCGCACAUGGCAACUUUCCUGCAGAAACUUCUGGUGGACUGGCCCACUACAUCGAAGUGUGUCUCAACCGAAACCCUGAGGACCCGUGUGUUAGCAAAACUUAAUUCUAAAGAGACACUGCCCCCUGGAGUCCUAGGACGACUGUGUCUGAAGGAACUUGUAGAAAAGAGACGUUCAGCUGGCUAUGACACCAGCAUAGACAACUGUUGGGUGACUGAGGAUCUGCUCUCUGUGCUGUCGGAGCUGCAGGAGGCUGUGCGCCAUUGGCCAGAGGGCGGCGACCCAGGCUUGGAUGGGGAUCCAGACGCUGGUGUGGAUGACUGCAUGGUUGUGCACGUGGUGAGCUGUGAGGAGGCAGUCCAGCAACAAAAGUUGGAUCUGCUUUGGCAAAAGUUGGAUGAGCAGGCUCCUCUCAAACAGAAGCACCUGGUCUGUGGCCCAGUGAGAGUAGCUGGUGUACCUGGCACCCUGAUGACUGCCCCUGAGUACUACAAGCUCAGAUAUGCUCAGGUGUGUAAGGCCUCAGCACUGAAGCAUGGUGGGGACCUGGCACAAGAUUCAGCCUGGACCAAGACCUUUGAUGUCCUCUCUGUGGCCACCAUCAAAUUUGAGAUGCUAAGCACAGCUGCACAGAACCAACUCCUGCUGGCCGACAGCACCACCUCCACGAAGGGCACGAAGAGUGGCACUUUUGUCAUGUACAACUGCGCCCGCCUCGCCACGCUCUUCGAGGGUUACAAACACGGGGUGGAGCGAGGUCUGUAUCCCACCUUUCCACUCGUGAGCAGCCUGGAUUUCUCAUUACUCCAUGAUGAGGGUGAGUGGCUGCUGCUUUUCAACAGUGUCCUUCCCUUCCUGGACCUGCUGAGGCAGACUGGGAGCCUGGCCAGCACCCCAGGGCUCCACACCCCUGUGCGCACAGAGACGGUGUGCAAGUUCCUGGUGCAGCUCAGCAUGGAUUUCAGCUCAUACUACAACCGAGUACACAUUCUAGGGGAACCUCGGCCACACCUCUUUGGUCAGAUGUUCGCCCGCCUACAGCUUCUGAGGGCAGUACGAGAGGUGUUCCACACAGGCUUGGCUAUGUUGGGCCUCCCUCCGCUGAGCCACAUCUAAGGGCCCAAUAGCUGGGAAUGUUUACAAAGUCACCAACUGGGAAAAAGACAAAACCUCACAAAUGUUGGACACUUAAAGCCAAAAUAAAUAGUUUCAUCCCAUUGUG